AUGUUGCGCCAACACGACCGCGUUGAGCCCAAAAGACGCAAUGUCGUCGAUCACCGCAAGAAGCAAUUCGCGACGCCCCAAUACAAGCAUGCCGAGUAUCCCCACCGUCUCAACUUCUACAUCGAUGCGCCCACCGCCGACAUCACCUUGGAGCAAUUCGAGCAAUGGGCCAUUGAUCGCCUGCGCGUGCUCGGCGAGCUGGAAGCGUGCUCCUUUCGCAACAAGUCACCUGCAGAGACUGCAACGCACAUGAAGCCCAUCCUGGACAAGUACCUACCCUUGGACUCGAACAGCUCUGCAUCCGGGAAAUUGGCCUUGCAAAGGCAGAAGGAUCACUACAGCCAUUUCAUUCUACGCCUUGCCUUUGCCUCAACGGAGGAUCUUCGCCGACGAUUCACACGCGUCGAAUCAAUGCUGUUCCGCAUGCGGUUUCACACCGACGACGUGAGCGAGCGAGCAGCCUUUGUCAGUGGACUGAACCUGGACUGGUGGGAGGCAGUGAGCGAGGAGGAGAAGGUGCAAUACGCCGAAGAGCUCGCUGCCAUGCUCCCCAUGCGGAAGACCAUCGAGGACGAAAGUUGGUUCAAGGUGGAUUGGGAGCGCGUGCCGGACCUUGUCGAGCAGCGGCGUGUCUUCCUCAAGCGAGGCAAGGCGUUUGUACCGGGUCGCGAGCAACAGUCCAUGGUCGUCUCCGAGUUCACGACAAGACUUGAGAAGCAGCUCGAACUCACCGCGCGCGCCUUGCCUCGGCUGGACGAAGACGAUCGCCUCAAACCCAUCCUCACACAUUUAUCCAAGAACUUCAUCACGCCAGAUGCCUCCUACGUGGCGGGCUCGACCGCUCCCGAGGGGGCUAACAUCACGGCAGCCAACAUUGACAACCUGUCACAGCACUUUCCAGCCUGCAUGUCGCAUCUCCACCGCUCACUACGGCGAGAUGGACAUCUCAAGCACUAUGGUCGCCUCCAGUACACACUCUUUCUCAAGGGUAUCGGCCUUAACCUCGAAGAGUGUCUUGUCUUUUGGCGACAAGGACUCCGGCACAAGACGGACGACGAAUUCAACAAGGAGUAUCGCUACAACGUACGCCACGCGUAUGGCGAGGUCGGUGGUGAUUCGAAUCGGCGCGGCGGUGGCUACUCGCCAUUCAGCUGCCAAAAGAUCCUCACAGAGCACCCGCCUGGCCCAGGCGAGGCACAUGGCUGUCCAUAUAGGCAUUUCAACAUGGAGAAUCUGGCGACGCUAGUGCAGGGCAUGGGCGUGAACGAUCGAAGUGUGAUGCAGGGCAUCAAGGAGGACAAGGAUGGUCAAAAGUUCCACAUGGCGUGUAACCGUGUCUUUGAGCACGUGCACAAGGCGGAGAUCCGCAAGGCCAAAGACCAGGGCGUCAUGACGGCGAACCAACUCGAGACGAUUGUCCACCCCAAUGAGUAUUUCAAGCGAAGCUAUUUAUUGAAGAACCUGGCAAAAGAAACGACCGAUGUCGAGAUGGAGGGCUAA